AUGUCUCGCUACGAGGAUUAUCGCUCGUCAUCGGGCACUCUCGACUCUCGCGAUCGAUAUGACAGGUACUCGCGAGGACCACCAGUAAUGGAACGUGAACGAGCCCGCUCUCGACCCCGCCGCAUGGAAGAUGAACGCUUCGAAUUCAGAUUUGAAGAAGAAGACCGUUACGGUCCACCUGCACGCGCCCCGGGCCGCCACUAUGAAGACGAGCACCUGGUUCACACAUCCGGAGCACUAGUGGCGCCUGACCGUCGCCGUCGCCGAGACGCGAGUCCAUCCAUUGCUCCGCCACGUUUAAUUAGGCGACAAUCGUCUCUUGAUACCUUCGAUCGCAUUCCCAGACGCAAGAUGGAGCCUGCACCUAGGGCUCCGAGGGUGCCUCAGCCACCACUGCAUCGGCCCGCACCGGGUCGCUAUCGGGAGCGAGAGGUUUAUGAGGAUAUUCGUAUCGCUGAGCCAGACUACUAUGGUGACGAGGAGUUCCGCGAGUUCAAGGAGAGAGAUAGUCAUCGCAGACGUUCCGGUAGUAUGGCUAGACGCAGGCAUGAGGAGAAGCCUUAUCCGCGGAAAGGCAAGACGCGUAUUCCGCGGAAGUUUGUGCAUAUUCAUGCGAUUUUGGAUUUGGGAUAUCCUUUCAAGGAGGAGGAGGAUACCAUUAUCAUCCAGAAGGCUCUGUCGAAGGAGCAGAUCGAUGAAGUGAUUACUCUCAGUAGACAAUUUAGAAGACCUAUGCUCGAGGAGACUGAAUACCUGGAAAUUCAACGGCCACGCGAGCGAGUUACAACGGAGCAUCUACUGCUUGAAUCUCAUCACUCACCCCGCGCUAGCCAUGAGACAUUCAUUGUCGAGGCACCCUCUCACCCCCGGGAAUAUGAGUAUGAGUAUGAAGAAGUGGUUGAACGGCCAGUCGAUAGAACACGCCUGCGGACCGUCUCCCGGCCACGAUCUGUAUCGGUGUCUGCUCCCGUCCAAUACAUUGAGCCUCGAUCUAGCUAUGUCGAAGAGCGCAUUGAGCCUCGGGCUAGCUAUGUUGAAGAGCGCAUUGAGGCUAGGCCUCGCGACUCUGGUGGGUUGGUUGUAGUGCGGCCCCGUCACAGUGACCAUGAUGUAUCGGACUACAUCGAUGAUCUAGAAGAAGAGACGAGGUUGUUACGUUUGGAGCGACAGGGCGGCGGUAUCGAGAUCACGCGACAGCGCGAGACGGAUAUCAUUGACAGUAGGGGCAAUGAGGAGGAGAUAAUCGAGACUCGCCGGCAGGAACGCAGAGAACCUAGUUCGAGGAUAAUGCGUGCCAUGAUGGCGACCUUAACUUAA